AUGUUACCCUCGAACCCGUCUAAUGGGCGGACUGCCUACAAGAACUUCCGACCGGUGACACCACGAGGGCAGGCAUCCCCCGUUUGGGAACUAGGAAAUGUUCCUAUUGCCCCCGCUUUCUACGAGGCUCGUCAGGAUGAGGAGCUCGCUGGCAGAAUCUUGCCUCAAAUACAACUCACAUCCUCUGGUUUCAAUACCUCCAAUCUCGGAACCCUGUUUCCACCAGCAGUUGCUCAAUUGCGUUCACGCCUCAAUUUUUCAUCACUGAAAAGACCCCCCGAACUCCUGCCAGCAUUCCCGUCGAAAAGACAACGUACGCAAAGUCACUUGGCUGGUUCGUCAGCUUUGGAUGCUACAUCGGAGGACGGGAUACCCUGGGAUAUUUGCGAGCUUAUUUGGAAUAUGAGGACUGGUUUACUGAAAUACCAUCGCCGGAAGAUUGAGAAUGGUUCAUCUGGUUACAGUUGCUUGGCGAAAAAGGCAAUUUUCAAGGAACUCGCACGUCGAGAGAAGGGCGGUUAUUGA